UCCUCAGCACGCUCAUGGACUGGAUCACUGGACCCGCAAGGAGUUUGACUUUACAAAGGGAAGACUCCGAUUCCUCUCCGUCGCCUGACGAGAUGGCCGUGCCGGCGCCGGCCAAGGCGGCGCGCGCGCUCGCAGCCACGGCGGCGGCGCUCGUGCUGCUGUGGUGCGUCCACUUCGGCGGCGGCCUCGCCCUCAGCUCCCCCACCAACAAGGGGCUCAUCUUUAACGUUCAUCCUGUCCUUAUGCUGAUCGGAUUCAUCAUCAUAGGGAGUGAAGCCAUAAUGAGCUACAAAACAUUGCCAUGGAGCCAUGACACAAAUAAGAAGGUCCAUUUGAUUCUUCAUGCCGUUGCGCUUUUCCUGGGAUCGUUCGGGAUAUAUGCUGCGUUCAAGUUUCACAAUGAAAGUGGAAUCGCUAAUCUAUACAGCUUACACUCCUGGGUUGGACUUGGCACUAUCAUUUUGUAUGGUUUACAGUGGGUAUCUGGCUUUCUCACCUUCUUCUUUCCCGGCGCUUCGCCGACACUCCGACGUGCCGUGCUCCCAUGGCAUGUUCGUGCUGGGCUCGUGGUCUACGUGCUGGCGCUGCUCGCGGCCGAGCUGGGGUUCCUGGAGAAGCUCACUUUCCUUCAGACCGCGGGUCUGGGCAAAUACAGCUCGGAAGCCCUGCUGGUAAAUUUUACUGCCCUUGUUGUCUUACUACUGGGCGCAUCCGUCGUGCUGUAUGUCACUGCUCCUGCGCAGAGCGAGCACAGGCUUGGGUAUUCAUCAGUGCGAAGUCCUGACUCCUGACCCGGCUGCUCGAUUUUGUUUCAUCAUUUGUAUAUUUGAAGCACAGGCAAUAACAUUUCAUCUUCUUUUACACUGUUUUCUGCAAUCUAGUUCCGAUUCAGAAUUGCAGAAUGUAAAAUUUUGCCAUCUUGUUUACCAGUAGAUUUUCUUUAGUUGCUGCAAUCUAGUUGAGGUUCAGAACCAUGAAAUGUGAAAUUUUGCCGUCUUGGUGACAAGUAAGAUGAGAAAUCCUUCUUUGAUGCUA